AAGAGGAUGGCUGUGGACAGCAGAAACAGCGACUGUACGGCACACAGUAAUGGCAGCCUCCCAACCAAAGCUACCUGCACGGGCCACCCCAUAGCCUGCGAUGUAGACCAACCACCCCCCAGCUCCGAGGAAUCCCAAGUUAAAGCCAGUCCUAAUGGAUGCCUUCCUCAGAAUGGUGCAGCCAAAACGUGUUCCAUGUAUCUGGAGCACCAGAGAACUCCAAUCAUCCCUCAGUGCUGCCACCACUGCUGCUAUCACCCGCCCCCAAACAGCCAGCAGGACCACGUUUCCCACACUGUUGGGACUUCACCUCUGCUGAACACCGAGUGCUCACAGCUUCAACGACAACUGUCCCCGACCUCUGUGUGCCCAAACCAUCCACCGAUUUAUCACCCCGUCUGCUGCGUGCAGCCAUCACAGUCCUUUUGUAUUCACCAAUGGAGGGACCACUUCCAGCACCAGCAAGUGCCACCUCAUCUGGUCAACAUGAGAGCUACAAAGCCAUUCCAGUUACCAAAAAGUUAUGCUGCAUUAAUAGCAGACUGGCCUGUGGUGGUCCUGGGGAUGUGCACUGUGCUUAUUGUCGUCUGUGCACUGAUUGGUAUCUUGGUGCCUGAUCUACCGGACUUUUCUGAUCCACUUCUGGGCUUUGAGCCCAGAGGGACCGCCAUCGGCCAGAGACUGGUGACUUGGAACAACAUGGUGGAGAACACUGGAUACAAGGCAACAUUGGCCAAUUAUCCCUUCAAAUAUGCAGAUGAGCAAGCCAAAAACCACCAGCUUGACAGAUGGUCAGACGAUCACUAUGAAAGGGAGAAAAGACAAGCAGACUGGGACUUCCACAAAGACAGUUUCUUCUGCGCUGUGCCAAAUGAGCACUAUUCCCGAGUGGUCUUCACCUCUGUGAGCGGAGAGAGCUUGUGGAAUUUGCAAGCCAUCAAGUCCAUGUGCAAUAUAGACCAUAACAGGAUACGGUCCCACCCUCAGUUUGCAGACCUCUGCCAGCGAACCACUGCAGAUUCAUGUUGCCCAAGCUGGACUUUAGGAAAUUAUAUUGCCAUCCUUAACAACAGGUCUUCAUGCCAGAAGAUCAUAGAACGCGAUGUAUCUCACACACUAAAGCUUAUCCGUACCUGUGCCAAGUUCUAUCACAAUGGGACCUUGGGACCGGAUUGUUGGGAUAUGGUGGCCAAAAGGAAGGACCAGCUGAAGUGUACAAAUGUGCCUCGCAAAUGUACCAAGUACAAUGCUGUCUACCAAAUCCUUCACUACCUGGUAGAUAAAGACUUCUUCAACCCAAAGAAUGUGGAUGUCAGCUCUCUAGUUUUACGGCACAGCAUGCUUUUCUCACCAACCGAGAAAGGCGACUCCAUGAUGAACAUUUAUUUGGACAAUUUUGAGAACUGGAAUUGUUCUGAUGGCGUGACAACCAUCACCGGGAUCGAGUUUGGUAUCAAACAUAGCCUGUUUCAAGACUAUCUCUUAAUGGAUACUGUGUAUCCGGCCAUUGCUAUUGUCAUUGUCCUUUUGGUCAUGUGUGUCUACACGAGAUCAAUGUUCAUUACGCUGAUGACCAUGUUUGCCAUAAUAAGUUCGCUGAUUGUAUCGUAUUUUCUGUAUCGCGUAGUAUUUAACUUUGAGUUCUUUCCCUUCAUGAACCUCACUGCACUGAUUAUUCUGGUUGGAAUCGGAGCAGAUGACGCUUUUGUCUUGUGCGAUGUCUGGAAUUACACAAAGUUCGACAAACCCCAUGCAGAGACUUCAGAGACCGUCAGCAUCACACUACAACAUGCUGCUCUUUCAAUGUUCGUCACCAGCUUCACCACCGCUGCUGCCUUCUACGCCAACUAUGUCAGUAACAUUACUGCCAUCCGGUGUUUUGGGGUCUACGCUGGUACUGCUAUACUGGUGAAUUAUCUUCUCAUGGUCACAUGGCUGCCUGCCGUAGUAGUCCUCCAUGAACGCUAUCUACUAAACAUCUUCACUUGCUUCCAAGGUUCUCAACAGCGGCCUUACAACAAGAAAAGCUGUUGGAGCAUAACUUGCCAGAAAUUAAAGAAGCUGCUUUUUGCCAUUUCGGAGGCAUCGAGGAUAUUCUUUGAGAAAGUGUUGCCAUGUAUUGUUAUCAAGUUCAGGUUUAUUUGGGUUUUCUGUUUCCUCACGUUGACCGUUGGUGGGGCCUAUAUUGUGUGUGUUAAUCCAAAGAUGAAACUCCCAUCAUUAGAACUAUCAGAAUUCCAGGUGUUCCGGUCUUCCCAUCCCUUUGAGCGUUAUGAUGCAGAGUACAAAAAGCUUUUCAUGUUCGAGAGAGUUCACCAUGGUGAAGAGCUCCACAUGCCCAUCACAAUUGUUUGGGGAAUCUCAGCAGAAGACAAUGGAGAUCCCCUCAAUCCAAAGAGCAAGGGCAAGCUCAAACUGGACAGUAGCUUUAAUAUUGCCAGCCCUUCCUCACAAAGAUGGCUUUUGAACUUUUGCCAAAAGUUGAAAAACCAAACCUUCUUCUACCAAACUGAUGAACAGGACUUUACUAGUUGCUUCAUAGAGACCUUUAAACAGUGGAUGGAAAACCAGGACUGUGAUGAACCUGCUCUUUAUCCAUGCUGUAGCCAGUCAGGUUUUCCUUAUAAACAGGAAGUCUUUGAGCUCUGCAUUAAACGUGCCAUUAUGGAGCUCGAAAGAAGCACUGGUUACCAUUUGGACAGCAAGACUCCAGGACCAAGGUUUGAUAUCAAUGACACAAUCAGGGCUGUUGUCUUGGAAUUCAAAAGUACUUAUCUUUUCACUUUUGCCUAUGAGAAAAUGCACCAUUUCUACAGGGAAGUAGAUGCUUGGAUCUCAGAAGAACUUAAAACUGCUCCAGGCGGUCUCAGCAAUGGCUGGUUUGUUAGCAGCCUCGAGUUUUAUGACUUGCAGGACAGUCUUUCCGAUGGGACAUUAAUCGCUAUGGGAUUGUCUGUUGCUGUAGCCUUUAGUGUCAUGCUUCUCACAACCUGGAACAUAAUCAUCAGUUUCUAUGCGAUCAUUUCCAUAGCUGGCACGAUAUUUGUCACUGUCGGGUCUCUUGUCUUAUUGGGAUGGGAGCUAAAUGUUUUGGAGUCCGUUACAAUAUCUGUUGCUGUGGGUCUCUCUGUAGAUUUUGCCGUACAUUAUGGCGUUGCCUAUCGUCUUGCUCCAGAUCCAGAUAGAGAAGGGAAAGUGGUCUUCUCUCUAAGUCGUAUGGGAUCUGCUAUAGCCAUGGCUGCCCUGACUACCUUUGUUGCAGGAGCAAUGAUGAUGCCUUCAACCGUUCUAGCUUACACUCAACUGGGCACCUUCAUGAUGUUAAUUAUGUGCAUUAGCUGGGCUUUUGCAACUUUCUUUUUUCAAUGCAUGUGCCGUUGUCUUGGCCCGCAGGGAACCUGCGGCCAAAUACCUAUGCCAAAAAAGUUACAAUUUAAAGCCUUUUCUGAAGCCUUAUCUUCCAACAGUUCAGAAAGAGGACAAAACAAAAUGAAUCAUGUGAACAAAUACCAGUUAGACACUAGAGGUGCAAAAGCUGAAGUAGAACAUGAACAUUAUGAACUGGAGCCUUUAGCUUCACAUAACUCUAGUACAUCUUGA